GAUAAGGCAGUGCAGUAAGAUCAAUAAUCCCUUUUUAUUUUAACAUGCAUUUAAAAAAAAAAAAAAAAAAAACGGUUUUAAACUAGUUUUCUGCACAGCUAAAAUGAAAACCCCAUUUUAGUCUUCCAUUGUCCCUGCGCAGCAGCUGCGUUUUUUUCUGUUAUUAAACGACACCUUUUUGUUACCGAUGCCUCCCUUCUUUCCAUCCUAUCGUGUUUGGACAAGCAAGCCUCGCCUCUGCUCAGAAAAAUGAGAAUAAAAAAAAACCUGGCAAACCAAUCCUUUCUCUCUGCCUCCCUCCCCCGCCCCACGUUCACUUCCUAUAGUGAACCAGACAGGAAAGAAUUUGCAGCUUCGAACGGGAGAGAGAAGGGAAGCGCUACUGUGGCAGACAGCGAAGUGGACUCCUCUCGUUUAUCAGAGGCGAUGGGCUCGGUCUCGUAUCUCCUGCGAGGGGCGAAAUGGGGCAGCAUGCUGUCCAAGUGCCUCCCGGUCUUCCUGUGCUGUGUGUACCUGCUGUACCGCACCUCCCACCAGUGGGGGCGCUACCAAAAGCUCAUCCUGGCUGGACUGCUGCUCUCCAGUCUAGGAGACGCCUGCCUGAUUUACCCUGGUCUCUUCAUUCUGGGAAUGGCGUUCUUUGCUGCGGCUCACAUCUCCUAUAUCUGUGCGUUUGGCUGGUCUCCGCUCAAUCCUGUCCCGCUGGCCGUCAUCCUGCCCGUGGAAGGCUUGAUCUUCUUCACCGUUCUGCUGCCAGAGCUGGAUGGGCUGCUGGUCUUCCUGAUUCCCCUCUACAUCCUGCUGCUGGGCACCAUGGUGUGGCGCUCCCUGGUUGUGCCGCUGCCCAGGGGAGCGUGGAUUUGUGCCGCCACGGGGGGCGUGUCCUUUAUGGUGUCGGACACGACCCUGGCGGUUGAUAAGUUCUGCACUCCCCUGCCCUAUGCAGAGGCCUUAAUAAUGGGGACCUACUACCUCGCCCAAAUCCUGCUCACUCUGUCAGCCACUGACGGGAGAGAGCAACGCAGGGAGCCCAGAAAGAAAAAACAUGCACAGAAUUAACUGGCACAGAAACCCA